GAAUCGUGUCACUUGAAAACUCAAAACUCCGGGAGAAAUCAAAACUCAAAGCUCAUUCAAUUGAACCACCACCGUCUUCCUCAACAGAUCAUCGCCAUCGAUCCCAACUCCUCCAGCGAAAAUGAGGAAGAGAACGAUGUACGGCUGGGGAGUGGCCAUCCUCUGCUUUGUGGUGUUGAUGAUCGUCACUCCUGCCAUCCCUCAGUCUCAAGCUUACCAUGAUUUCGCUGACCAGCGCCACUUUUUCGGUAUUCCCAAUACCCUUAAUGUGAUUUCAAAUUUCCCUUUCCUGGUCAUUGGUCUCAUCGGUCUCAUCCUUUGCUAUUACGGGAACUAUAUGAAGCUCAGCUUGCAAGGUGAGCUUUGGGGUUGGACAUGCUUCUACAUUGGUGUGGCUGCUGUUGGGAUUGGAUCCUCAUAUUACCAUCUUAAUCCAAAUGACGCUACUCUAGUGUGGGAUCGCUUGCCUAUGACAAUUGCAUUCACAUCAAUCAUUGCAAUUUUUAUCAUUGAAAGGAUUGAUGAGCAGAAGGGAACCAUUUCAAUUAUUCCUCUGCUUUUGGCGGGUGUAAUAAGCAUAUUGUAUUGGAGGCAAGAACUAUUUUUUGAUGACCUCCGCCCAUAUGCUCUGGUCCAGUUUCUUCCUUGCAUUGCCAUUCCUUUGAUGGCUAUCUUGUUGCCCCCUAUGUACACACAUUCCACAUAUUGGCUUUGGGCUGCAGUGUUUUAUCUUUUAGCUAAGGUGGAAGAAGCUGGUGAUAAAGUGAUCUACAAAUGGACAAAUCAUAUUGUCAGCGGGCACACCCUUAAGCAUCUGUGCGCCGCAAUGGUUCCUGUCUUCUUGACGCUUAUGCUUGCAAAGAGAACUAUUGAAACAGAAAGGCAAAGUUUGCUCAAAAUUUGGAAGGUUUCCUGGACUGAAUAUAGAAAGAAGGAUGAUGACACGGUGGUAGCAACUUACACCUAUGCUACUGUUCCCGUUGUGGAAUCACAAUAGAACACUUUGGAACAAAGACAAUAUAGAGGAGGAAAUACACUUGUAUCUGUUGAGAAUGAGAAAGAAAAAGGAGUUGUCAGCACAUUGUCAUACAUGUUGACAAGGGCUAACUAACAAAUACUAAUUGUGCUUCCUUCGAUGUUAAGGAAGCACAUAACUUCUAAAUAUUGUAAAUAGAGAAACAUAAUAGCAAAUUUCCAGUUUGUCAUGUUCAUCGAGUUUUUUCACCAUGAUCAUAUUUCAGUUCUGCAUGC